GGUUGUCCUCUGUUUUCUGUCACUGGAGGCAUUUUCCAAUCUAUUGGUUAAAAGAAUAUCACUAGAAAUAACUACCUUGGACUCUUCCAGAUGGAACUUUCAUUUUACUCGCCUGCAAGCAUGGAGAGAAGACAGCUAAUCCUUAUCAUCCUGUUUCUCGUGACUGCCUCUCUCCCUACCUUGACCAUAGAUUGUAUUACUAAGUAACAGGGAUUGGAAACUGAUGACGUCACACGGACAGACUCUGUAAUGGUGGAAAAGCAAUGGAAGGCCGACUACACAAGCUCUUCUCCAAGUCUUGUACUGUAUUAAUUUGCAUUUUAUUUACUAUCGAUGAUGAACAGAUAGGUCUUGGGAGUUCAUGACUGUUCUUUGUGACGGUUAAGCAUAGUUUUGUUGACAGAAUCUUCGCCGCCUCUCGUGGCCCAUGUUAUCAUUGAAAUUGCCUUUGUGAUGGCACAAAUUAAUGAAUACAGCUAUUAUUUUUCCAAAGUGCCGUCUAUGGCUUAUAUAAUAGGCUAAAGGCAUGUGAAAAAUCCUAAUCUUUGUUACAGUUUUUGUCCUUUAUCCUAAUUUUACUUACUUUUUGUGAUAUAGGUUGAACAGAUACGCCUCUAAAAACCGACAUUUUGGGAUCUUAUGAUCUGUAUGAAGCACUAGUGAUAAUAAAAGUGUCUUAGUGGCACGUAGCUUUACUUGAUACAUGUUUUUUAUAUUGACACUCUCUCAGUUUUAGUUACCCUUAGCAAGUUAUAGGUUGAAUAGAUUUCACACCUAUCACGCAUGGUAAAAAAGCAUGCUUUUUCUCAUUUUUCUUCAAAAUAAAGUGCUGUAUCACAGUUUUAACAGUUUCUAAUAAGUAAGUAAACCUUCAGCAACAAUAUAAGCUAUAUAACUACCCUGGAUCUGGCUUCAAGCUACACUUAAUCCAGCAGUCCUCUCAGUCAUAUUGCUCUAGUCUCAACGAGCCGGGGAAGGGGCAGAGUCUUACAAGGUUCGUCCGCACCUGCUUUCAUUAAUUUGAAUGAGAUCACGUGAUCUGUUUCCAAUCCCUGUUACUUAGUAAUACAAUCUAUGCCUUGACUGUCUCUUACUCCGGGGAUAGUGUACCACAGCUACAAUCCAUUUGCAAUUUCACAACAGAGCAUGGGCCAAGGGAUGGUGAAAAAAACUCAACUAAUGGUGCUGGUGGUGAUUUCAAGUUGGUCAUGAUGAAUGCAACACAUGAGAUCCCAUGCUACACUCCAAAUGAGUUGACUACAGUUCAUAUGGUAGUUACUACUGCCGAAAAAACCCACAAAAUUAAGGGAUUUUUAUUAGGCGUCCAAAAGGAAGGAUUCCGCUACCACAAUAAAACCCUUGAAAAUGCUGGAGAUGUCAAUAAAACUAAUAAUCUCUGUGAUGACUAUGUUACUUUUAGUCACUCGGCCCUGCUCAGCACCAAGAAAAUAGAGUUUAAAUUCAACUUCACUUCAAAGGAAAGAGUAGAACUGAGGUCAACAGUUGUCUUUAGUUAUUCAGAUGUCAUUAAUAAUAGAUCAUAUUAUUUCGAUGCCUGUCCAACUCCAACCCCAAGCAGUACACCUUCUCCUUCACCAGCUCCCAGCAGUCCCUCGCCAUCAGUAGCAGCACCAUCAGUGACUCCCACCCCAUCAUGUCCUAGUUAUACUGCAACACAAAUUGCUAAUUUCAAAUGUCCUUACCAAAGGCAAGCAAAAAUACACAAACUGACAAAAGAUGUAGAUUGUCAUGGAAUAAAAUACACGUGUGUAGCCAAAAUAAAAUCGAAAUAUUAUAUAUUUCCAACAAGCUGUUGGUUAACAGAUACCUUCUCUACAGAAGAUUAUCCAGUUUGUCAUGUGAGACUCAUUUCCAUGAGGAACUGCCGAAUUUCAUUAUACCAGAGGAAGAGAAAGUUCAAUUGUACUGCAAAGAACAAUCCUCAACAUACUAUAAAACUUAUAAUGAGAGUUGGAAUAGAAAAAUUCUCUUCAUACACUUGUGAUGUAACUGUACAUUAAUUCUUAGCUUGUCAUUAUCACAAUAUUAUUUGUAAUUGUUUAGCAACAU